UGUUCAUCCAAAAGAAAAGGAACAGUCUUUCUUCCAACUCAUUAUUUCUUAAUUGCUCUGAAACACUAAUCUAAAGUCAAGAACUAGUAGAAGAAUCGUCAGAAGUUCAAAAAAAAAAAAGAGAAAAAACACUGCAAAAAUGGCACAAGAAUCAGCAGCCUCCGAAAUGGCCAGAGUUGACGACUUCUACUUCUCAGUACUUUUUGAUGAAUCUCCAUUCCCAAUAUCAGACUCCAAAUACGCUGAAGAACUUCAGCUCCAAGAGGCUCUUAUGUCCAUAACAACCAAUACUUCUCAAACGACAACAUCGUCGUUAUCUUCUUCUUCGGUAUUACUUGCUUCCUCUUCACCACAACCACCAAUACUGAUCCAAGUCCCGCCCCCAAACGACAAACAACAACAACAACUAGAUCUCGGCGAGUCGUCGCAGAUCUUCUGCGAAAUCUGUGCUGAGCGAAAACCCAUCGACGAAAUCUUCCCCAACGACAGUUCCGAUUGCAAACACUCGUUUUGCUCGGACUGCAUAAGCAAACACAUAUCGACAAAAGUCCGAUAUUCCCACUUGAACAGCGUGAUAUCGUGUCCCGGUUUGGACUGCAAAGACGUGCAUGUUCUUGAGCUUGAAGCCUGCAGAGAGAUUCUGCCGAAAGAUGUUGUGGACAAAUGGGACGACUCUCUUUGUGAGGCUUUGAUUCUAAAUUCCCAGAAGUUUUAUUGUCCUUUCAAGGACUGUUCGGCGGUUUUGUUGGAUGAUAGUGAGGAAUUGGGAGAGGUUAUAGUGGAGUCGGAGUGUCCUAUUUGCCAUAGGCUUUUCUGCGCGCGGUGUCGCGUGCCGUGGCAUUCGGGGAUCGGCUGCGAGGAGUUCGGGAGGCUCCAUGAGGAUGAGAGAGGGACAGAGGAUUUGAUGUUGAGAGAGAUUGCUAAGGAGAAGAAGUGGAAGAGGUGUCCUGAGUGCAUGUUUUAUGUGGAGAGGACUGAGGGUUGUUUGCAUAUCACUUGCAGGUGUUCAUUCCAGUUCUGCUAUGGAUGUGGGUCACAGUGGACUCAAACUCAUGGUGCGUGCCAGAGGGAUUAAUAAAAUGACAACACAAGGUUGAAAAGGAGGAUAUCAAUAUAUCAUAACUUGUGACUAUGGAUUCUAGCUAUUACCCUUCUUGUGUUAUUUUAGUUUUACUACAAAAUUAAUGUUUGUGUCGAGAUGGAACAUAAGUAAAAAAUGACCUUUAUUGACGCAAUUGUUAUGUUAUUUGGCACGAUUGUAAUGAUGUUUAUGGUGUUGAGUUUUCUCCAUAUACAUCAUAUAAUAUAAUACAGUUGAACAUCAAAUUCGUGUGAAGCUUAUG